CAACGCACCACGAUGAACGCGCACGCCCUCCUCACCUCGCAAGGCUGGCGCGGCUCCGGCCACUCGCUGCACGCGCACAGCGACUCGAUCGGGCUCGCGCGCCCGCUGCUGGUGUCGCAGAAGCAGAAUACGCUUGGUGUGGGGAAGAAGCAGCAUCGGACGAGCGAUAUGUGGUGGAUGAAUGCGUUUGAUAAGUCGUUGCAGGGGCUGGAUACGAGUAAGGAGGGGCAGGUGGUGCAGACGGUUACGGGGGGAGGGUUGGAUAUGGUGAAAAGGGGGGGUGGGAAGUAUGUGGGGACGGGGGGCUUGUAUGCUUGUUUUGUGAGGGGGGAGACGUUGGUGGGGAGUGUGAAGGAGGUGGUUGAGGUGGAGGCUAUGGGAGAGGAGACGGUGGAUAAGAAGGCGGAGAAGAAGAGGAGGAAGGAGGGGGAAACGAAGGAGGAGAGAAGAGAGAGAAAGCUGGAGAAGAGGGCGAAGAGGGCGGCUAAGUCGAGCGCGAAGUCGAGCGCGAAUGAAUCGUCGAAUACCCCUUCCGACGAAAGCGAUUCCGUAGAGACGAAAGCACAGCGAAAAGAACGGAGGCGGCUAAAGAAAGCAUCCAAAGCCGAAGCCGCCGCGUCCCAAGACUCCUCCGAUACGCCCUCCUCAAAAGACGACAAGAAGAAGAAGAAGCGGAAAGACUAGACAUUCGUCCUGUCUACCCUUUUGGAAUUUAAUGUUUUACGGCGGCACUCGAGCAGCAUCAGCGAAUCAUUGCAGGCGUUUCGGCGACGGGGGUUGUUAUUGGGCACAUAUAGACACAGCAAGGUGGUCGGUGGAUUGGAUGGAUAGAGAUGAAUAUGUAUGAAUUUCACGGCUCGCGUUUUAUCUUGCCGGGGCGAUUAGAUAAUAUCCAGGGCCUCUGUUCCCAAAAGUCAUCCUUUAUGAAAUCAACAUGCUGAACGACGACCUUUGCCUUCUG